CACAUCGUGAGGCAUACGGCGUUGAAGUGGCCGUGUCGGCUCAGUGUCUGUGAGCCGGGAGCCAAUAACCAGAGAAGAAGAAGACGGUUACGACAAUUUCAACUUUUGCGGCUGAAGAUGCGUCGAUAAGGUAACAUUCAUAAUAACCGACACAAUAUUUACCGACUGUAAUAAUUAUACUUGUCGGUAAUGUCGCAAAAUGAAUUUUUCACCUAACUUUGUUUAAAUAUAUUGGCGCCAAGAAAACGCACGAAGAAAUCUCUCAUCGAAAGUUCGUUCAAGAAUCGUCUUUUGCAAAAAAAUUCCCCGAGCAUGAAGUUUCUUUCAUAGUUACUCUUCCAAUUAGACUGUCGAUCCGUGUGUGAGAUCUAAUUACGCUCAUCACGUUCGUACGUUUGCGUCCAACAGAUGCUGGGAGCUACUUGCCGUUUCCUCUUAAUUAACAGUUAGUCGCAGGCAACAUGUGUACGCCAGCGAAGAUUAAAAAAUUAGACGAGGUCGUGGUAAAUAAAAUCGCGGCUGGAGAGAUAAUCCAGAGGCCUGCAAACGCGUUAAAGGAGUUGAUAGAAAAUAGUUUGGACGCCAAAGCGACAAACAUACAAAUCACCGCGAAGGAAGGAGGCUUAAAGUUACUACAGAUACAAGAUAAUGGCACUGGUAUCCGGAAGGAAGAUAUGGCUAUUGUGUGCGAGAGAUUCACCACGAGCAAGCUGCAAAAGUUCGAGGAUCUCAGCGCCCUUACGACAUUCGGAUUUCGGGGAGAAGCUCUGGCCAGCAUCAGUCACAUAGCCCUUCUCGCUAUCACGACAAAGACGGCGGACGAAAAGUGUGCCUACAAAGCAUCAUAUAUUAACAGCAAGCUGAAAGCACCCCCGGUGCCCUGUGCUGGAAAUCAAGGCACUGUGAUAACGAUAGAGAAUCUGUUCUACAACGUGGUGACUCGCAGAAAGGCUCUGUCGAAUUCGUCGGAGGAGUUCGCCAAGAUUACGGAGGUGGUUAUGAGAUACGCCGUGCAUAAUCCGGCGGUAGGAUUUACGUUGAAAAAGCACGGCGAGCCGAGUCCGCAGGUCCGAACGCCACAUAAUUCGACAAAGCAGAGUAACAUAAGGAUAUUGUAUGGCAAUCCAGUCGCUCGUGAACUGCUAGAAGUGGAGCUGGACGACAAGGAUUAUAAAUUUAAGCUGCACGGUUUAGUGACGAAUCCAAAUUACACGAAUAAACGAAUGAUAAUGCUGCUGUUCAUCAACAACCGUUUGGUCGAUUCUCCUUCAAUCCGGAAGAUGUUGGAAGAAUUGUACUCUGUUUAUCUCCCGAAAAAGGGCCAUCCGUGGUGUUACAUAUCUCUGGAUAUUAAUCCGCAGAAUAUUGACGUAAACGUACACCCGACGAAACACGAGGUCCGAUUUCUUCACGAAGACACGAUAAUCGAGAGAAUAAAAUUCGCCCUGGACGAGAGACUGGCUGGCAAUAGCGCGUCCAGGACGUUUUACUUGCAAGCUAGAUUGCCGAAAGCAGACAUCACGAAGGAGGUCCUGGAAGAGGUGUUACCGGAGUAUAAUAAGGGGAAUGCGGAUAAAUUGAAAAAGGUUCACGCUAGAGAGCUGAUUAGGACGGAUUCGUCCGAUCAGAAACUUGACAAAUUUAACUUUACCAUACAUUUCGAACAACGUAGCAACGACAGUAGUACUGUGGCGAAAGAAUUGCCACGUGAUACGAAUUCCAAGUCUCUCGAGUCCGAAAUUCCAUCGAGAAAAGACGAAUCUGACGUUACAGAAAAUAUGCUUGCCGACGACAAAUGUCGAGAGAAAAAUUCGAGCUCGACUUCAAAUACCGCGGAGCGCGAUUCUACAUUAUUACACAUAGAGGAGACUCCGGCUGAUAAUAGCUCGACAUGUUGGAGCGCUAUAUUAGAUAGUAAAACUUCGACUUCGCCGGGCUCGCAAAAUACUUGCAAUCCAGGUAGUUCUGCGCAAAAGGACACGUCGGGUGUCCAUCCAGAGAGCACCACGUUUGAUAUCGAAGAAUUUCUCCGAAACUUGGACGAGGAGGCAAACGAUCCCGUAGAAGACAAGCCUGUAGAUGCUAUAGCCGACAGGGCUCGUAAACAAGUGUAUCAGUACUUCGGAAAUAGGGACAUUAUCGAGAGCAUACAAAAAACUUCGGAAAAAGGACGGACACUAGAUACGGACGAUAAUGAGAAAGAGGGUGAAAGUUCGAUAUCUAAUACGAGUGAAUCCGAAAGGAUACCUUCCACUGAGAAGGAUACUCCUGCCGAUGACUCUCCAAAGUCUACGGCGCAAUUCAAGUCGUAUUCCGUGAAUAGCUUUAGACACGAAGUAAAAUUAACCAGUAUCCUGAAAUUACGCAAGGAUGUCGAGGACGAGUGUCACGAGGGACUAAGAAACAUUCUAGCCAACUUGACAUUCGUUGGCUGCAUCGAUCAAACUUCGGCUCUGAUACAAAGUGGCGUGAAUUUGUACAUAUGCAAUACUAGGAAAUUAGCGGAAGAGCUCUUUUACGAAAUCAUGCUUUACGAUUUUGCGAAUUUUGGCGUUAUCAAAUUUUCAGAACGGAUAUCGUUGUUCGAUUUAGCAAUGAUUGCUUUAGAUUCGGGGGAAACUGGAUGGUCGCAGGACGACGGGCCAAAGGAAGAAUUGGCGGCGAGGGUGAAGGAAUUGCUGUUGGAAAAGGCGGACAUGAUGAAUGAAUACUUUUCGAUUGUUAUGGAUAAAGUGGGAAAUUUGAGAUCGUUGCCCGUGUUAUUAGAUAAGUAUUAUCCAUACGAAGCGGAAAUUCCAUUGUACAUGAUGCGACUUGCAACGGAAAUUGAUUGGAGGAAGGAACAAGUGUGCUUCCAAAAUAUUUGCCGGGAAACGGCAAAGUUUUACAGCUAUAUCAACCCGAAACAUCAGGCAUACGACUGGAAAUAUAUAACUGAACACGUCUUGUAUCCCGCAAUUAAAGAAAGUUUACUUCCACCGAAGCACUUCGCUCACGAUUCAACGAUAUUGCAAAUAGCCAGCUUACCUGACUUGUAUAAAGUGUUCGAGAGAUGUUAAAUUACGUUACUCCAAAGAUACAUGAAUAUAUUACACAGCAAAUUACUAAAUUAAUUAAAUUGAACUUUUUUUUUAGUUAUUAAUGUACUGUAUUAUUUCUGGUUUGUUAAAUUGGAGAGUUUGCUAUACUUCUAUGUACUCACGUACGUUUAUGUACUUAUAAGAAUGAAAUUAACAAGUCUGAGAGCAAGUGUAUUCAAUGUUCUGUAAAUUUGUACAAUUAUGACCUACAUUUUCGGGAUACCAAAGUUUUUAUACGAAAACAUGUUAUAGACUGAAGAUGACUAGAAUAUAUAUUAUUAUUUUCGUCGGGAUUGGUAUUUUGUUUUUACCUUUACU